CGUGGGUCUAGAAAAAGAUGUUCACAAUCUGACACAAUUUGACACAAACAAAGAGUAGUGUAAAUCAUAAAUUUUAUUUUAAUAAUUCGAUUAAUUCAGUUAUAUUUUUAGAUAUUAAUUAAAGAUGACCGCAUUCGAAGAAUUUGGUGUGAUGCCAGAAAUUGGAAAAGCUGUCGAGGAAAUGGAUUGGAUGUUACCAACCGAUGUACAAGCCGAAGCUAUUCCUCUCAUACUUGGUGGAGGUGAUGUUUUGAUGGCAGCAGAAACAGGUAGCGGAAAAACUGGUGCAUUUUGUUUGCCAAUUUUACAAAUUGUCUGGGAGACUUUACGAGAUAUUGAAAGUGGUAAAGGGGGAGGAUCUGGAGGUGGAAAACCUGCAACCAGUAAGCUAACUUUUAACUAUGAUACAUUAUUUAUAUUUAAAGACGUAUUCAAUUUAAAUUUAAUAUCAGGUACUCCUUGGACUAUGUCCUUUCAUGAUCGGGGAGCAGCUAUGGCUGUGUCCCCAGAUGGCUUACGAUGUCAAGCUCGCGAACAACGUGAAUGGCAUGGUACAAGAUGUACGCGGGGUGUUCAGAAUGCUGGUAAAUAUUAUUUUGAAGCAACUGUAACCGAUGAAGGCUUGUGUCGAGUUGGUUGGAGUAUGCCACAAGCAAACCUAGACCUAGGAACAUGCCGAUUUGGUUUUGGAUUUGGUGGUACAGGAAAAAAGUCAAAUAAUAAACAGUUUGAUAAUUAUGGGGAGGCGUUUGGAAAAUGUGACGUCAUAGGCAAUCUACUUGAUUUAGAUAAUGGAGAAAUCAAAUUUACAAAGAAUGGGCAAGAUUUAGGUCUUGCAUUUAAAUUGAAUGGUCAAAUGAAAUCUGGUCCAUAUUUUCCUGCCGUAGUACUAAAGAAUGCAGAAAUGUCGUUUAAUUUUGGAACAACGCCUUUUAAAUAUGAUCUUCCCAGUGGUUAUGUGGCUGUAUGUAAUGCUCCAAGUGAUAAAGUUGUUGUAAAUCCAAAUGGAGGAUCAAGCUCAACCACUACCUCUUCAAAAGCUGCGUUAAAUGCUCCCAAAGCAAUCAUUAUUGAGCCUUCUAGAGAACUUGCCGAACAAACAUCAAAUCAAUUGGCGAAAUUUUCUAAAUAUUUAGAAUCUCCGAAAGUAAAGGAAUUGGUUGUCAUUGGUGGAGUAAGUGUUAAAGAUCAAAUAAGUGCAUUGAAUUCUGGUAUUGAUUUAAUUGUUGGUACACCUGGUCGAUUAGAAGAUUUAAUUCAAGGAGGACAUUUGGCGUUAACUAAUGUAAGAUUUUUCGUCUUGGACGAAGCUGAUGGCUUGCUAAAAUCUGGUUAUACUGACUUAAUUAAUCGUAUACAUAAACAAAUUCCAAAGAUCACAUCGGACGGUCAUCGUUUACAAAUGAUCGUUUGUAGUGCAACCCUUCAUGAUUUUGAAGUGAAAAAAUUAGCAGAAAGAUUAAUGCAUUUCCCAACAUGGGUUGAUUUAAAAGGUGAAGAUGCUGUUCCAGAAACUGUACAUCAUGUUGUUUGUAUGGUUGAUCCACAAACAGAUGUAUCUUGGAAAAAUUUACGUCGUCAUAUUCAAACAGAUGGGGUGCAUAGUCAAGACGAUGUUAGACCUGGUAACAAUACAGCAGAAACAUUAAGCGAAGCUGUGAAAAUGUUGAAAGGUGAAUACUGUGUACGUGCAAUAGAAAAACAUCGAAUGGAAAAAGCAAUUAUAUUUUGCCGUACUAAAGUAGAUUGUGAUAAUUUAGAACGUUAUCUAAAGCAGAUUGGUGGGAACAAAUAUUCAUGCGUUUGUCUUCAUGGCGACCGUAAACCAAAUGAAAGAAAAGCGAAUUUGGAAAAGUUUAAACGUAAUGAAGCUAAGUUCUUAAUCUGUACGGAUGUUGCCGCUCGUGGUUUGGAUAUAACUGGAUUACCAUUUAUGAUUAAUAUCACUUUACCAGAUGAAAAAUCAAAUUAUGUUCAUCGUAUUGGUCGUGUCGGACGUGCUGAACGUAUGGGUCUUGCUAUUAGUCUUGUAAGCACUGUACCCGAAAAAGUAUGGUACCAUGGUGAAUGGUGUGCAUCACGUGGUCGAAACUGUUGGAAUACACGAUUAACCGAUGAAAAGGGUUGUUGUAUUUGGUAUAACGAAGUUCGAUAUUUAGCUGAAAUUGAGGAUCAUUUAAAUAUAACAAUAGAACAAGUAGAUAAAGAAAUAUCAGUACCGCUCAAUGAAUUUGAUGGUAAAGUGGUUUAUGGUGAGAAAUUAAAACAAAGUGGAUCCGGUUAUGUGGGACAUGUUGCUCAAAUGGCUCCAACUGUCACACAAUUAGCUGCAUUAGAAUCAAAUGCACAGAGUAUAUUUUUACGUAAUAUGAUUGAAGCUAAGUAAAUGUAACAUAUUAUUUUCUAUCUUUUUGCUAAUUUAUUUAAUAAA